CUUCGGCUUUUCAUUUAAUCGACGCCAACCCCAUCUCGUUAGACCUCAAUUUUGAAUCUCAACUUUUGGUUUUCUUCAUUUAUGAGUUGAGCUGCCUGCUUUGUAUCUCGAGAUAUGGCUGGCGUCGCUAAAGAGGCCGUGGUGCCCAUCGAGGCCGUGCUCUUCGGAAUAUCAACGCUCCUCGUGCUCGCUCGAUUAGCCCUUCGAACAAUUCGACAACACCAGAGUCUCACCGUCAGCGAUUGGUUUCUCAUCGCCUCUCUACUCGAUGCCGCUGCGUUAUUUGGGACCGAUACGGCAGCGUAUAACUUGGGGGGAAUGGACGAAUAUGAUCCAAGUGCGCCGCCGCGAAGUAUUGAGGAUCAGAUCACGUUGAUGAAGGUCUCGUUUGCGGGAAACUAUUUCUACGACACGGGUGUAUACUUCCCGAAGCUGGCGUUGUUGGCGCUUUACUUUAAGCUUAUUCCACAAACACUACCGCUGCUACGAAAAUUCCUCUAUGGAGUUACUGCUUUGACGGGGUCGUUUAUGCUCACGACUUGUUUCUUGGAUACCUUCUGGUGCGGCUCAAACGUAUCUGUCAAUUGGGAGAUUGAUGGAGAGUGCAGUACUUUUGACUCAAAGACUGUCUUCCGGAUUGAUUGGGUCAUGAAUCUCAUCUCCGACAUGCUUGUCUUUGCACUGCCUUUCCCGCUUCUCUUUGGUCUACAGCUCAGCAGGCGGUACAAGGCAGGUCUGGUUGCGAUCUUUGCAUCUGGACUCAUCACAUUGGGAGCAAGCAUUGGUAGAUUUGCGACUGUCGAGGCAAUUCAUGCCUGGACCAAUGUUUACGUCCUCUCCAUGACAGAGAUCGCCGCCGCAAUAGUCGUCGUAUCUCUCCCCGCCCUCAAAUCCCUCCUCCACGGCCUCGGCCUGCGCUCCUCUAAGCAAAACACUACACAGACAGGUUCAGGCUACAACAAGCACUCAGGUACAGUGACAACCUCAAGUCACUUCAACAAGCUGUCAAGCGGCCGUGACCACCACAGAGAACUGUACGCCUCCACGGCUCGCGUGGCGGUGGGCGCCGAAGAAGACUCCGGCAGUGAAGUGGAGCUGACCAACCUUCAAGGUAUCUACAAGUCGGCCCGCAUAAGUGUGACCUACCAGCGAAGAGAAGACGGUGACUGGCAGGGGAAUUCGGGACGGGGGUGAAUAUGUGUGCUGUUAGAGUAUGGAUGGUGGUGGAUGGAUGUAAAGCGUUGCAUUAGAUAUGCAGGUGGACCAACAAAACGGGAAAUGGCCGGGAAUAAGAGUGACAUAACAGUUGGUCUCACUGACCCCGAGUUAUGUAUAAUAAAGAAAUAUACACAUAGAAUAUGACAGUUUACCAUAGAUCAGAUCAUCAUGCAUGAAUUCUUAACUUACCCUUUAGUUCAAUGCAGAGUUUUACUGAAACGUGUGAAAACCUUGAA